CGCACCCUCAAAGUCCCGCAACCCAGCUUCGGGGAAGGGUGCUACAGCAUCCCAGCUCACACUUCUCCCACGCCAGGGAGCUCACUACCAGCAGCGGCCCAGCCCUCGCCAGUGGCUCCGCCUCUCCCUCGCCCUGCAGCUCAGUGCCCACUCCCCUCUGCCCUCACCCCAGGCUACCAGCCCCACCCUGUGGCUUCUCCCCUCCCCCCACCCCCAUGCUUCCCCUUCCUGGAUCCACCCCACUCCCCACCAUCAAGUCGAAUUUCUGCCGGUGUGAUUCAUCAAGGGCUGGAGGUUAGCAGGGAGCGGAGGAGAUGACCAGUGACAGGAAGAGAAAGGACCGGUGGGGAGCAUCAGGGCAGUGAUGCCGGCCGGAGGAGAAAGGCAGCUGGGACGGACGGAGGCGAGGGAGGGGGCACUGCCUCUGACCCGGGCAGUGCGCCCGCCCGGGGCUCUCAGGUGGGAUGGCAGUCUAUGCUGCCGUCUGUCCAGCUCAUCCUGGGUGUCGGGCCCUGGGCUAAGUGCCUUCAGAGGCCAUCUCUGUGCGCCCUCAAAAUGACCCUCCAAGAGCUCCCGGGCCCACCUUCAAGAUGUACUAGUUUCCCACCUGCCGGAACAAGUGAGCGCAAACUUUCAACGCCGAUCGUUACCAAGUUCUGCAGGUCAAGAAGUGGGUCUCACUGGGCUACAAUCGCGGCCUGGCCAGGGCUGGCUCCUUCUGGAGGUUCUGCAGGAGAAUCUGUUUCCUGGUCCUUCGCGGCUUCCGGAGGCACCUGCAUCCCCUGCGUAGCGCCCUCCUCCACCCUCAAGGCAGGGGCACCAGGCCAAGCCCUCGUCCCGCCCUCCGGCUCUGGUUCCUUCUUCUGCCCCUCCCCCAGUUUUAAGGAACCCUGUGAUUACACUGGGCCCAGACAAUCUCCGCGUCUCAAGCUUACUAGCAACUUCACUCCGUCUGCAGCUUUAAACCUUUUGCUGUGCAGGUAACAUGCGCACAGAUCCCGGGGACUAGGGUGCGGACGUCUGGAGGAGACCUCCUUCUGCCCCCUGCAGACGGCCCUCUCGCACAACCACCUCACAUGGAAAAUUACUCACCCCAAACUUUGAGGUCCCCCAAACUCUCAACAGCAUCAAGUCAAGCCCCAAACGUCACCUAAGUCACUCCAUCAGGUAUGGGUGAGACUUGCAUGAUCCAUCCCAGUGCAAAACCCCUUUCCACGUGCCAUCUUUGACACAGGAAAUGCUACCUGCUUCCAGAAUACAAAGGUGGGGCAGGCACAGGACAUUUCCAUCCCCAAGGGGGAAGACAAGUGGAAGGGGAGACAGCGGAAGGAAGUGGGCAUCACUGGGCCCAGCCAGGCAAACCCCACGAGCUGCUGGCAAGGCCUGGGAAUAACUUUGUGGCUCAAGGCUCUCCCCUCUGGGCUCGCAGCUCCCCCUGCAGGCCACGCUUUCUUUCAAGAAAGGCAGCCCAGCAGCUGCCGGUUCCCCGUUCCCCCGUGUCUCCUGCCCACGGGGCCGGAUUCCCUCCUCCCUAUGCGCCCUCAUCCCAUCUGGCAGGGUUUCUGGUGCGUGAGAUUCUCAAGCACGGCAUGGGUCUCCUGUGUACGCCAUGGGGAUUUGCUCCACAAGACGAGAGGCGCCUCCAGAUCCUUCCAAAAAAAUCUUUUCUUCUGUUUUGGCUUUUGCCGAGAGGAAGGAGGCGUCUGUCAGUCAUGCGUACAAUCUCCUCCGAGUGCCCUCCGCAGGACUGAAUGCUCUGACCUUACUCAUCUUGCCCAGAGCUCUGCCUUCCGUCUGACUCUCCUCCCCCGUGUCGCCACGAGCAGCAGAGCAGCAGGAAACGACGCUGCGCAGCUACACUUUGCUUGGAAACUUUCCCGGCUACACAUCCACGCGGACUGCUCCCAAGUCCUGCUUUCCUACGACCGAGGGGCAGAACUCGGCGGAGCUUUCCAUGAGGUAAUGCUGCACAUCCAGCCUCCGUUCCCGCUGACAUGGGCCCCGCUGUUCUGGGCCCUCGCCGGCAGCGCCCCACAUCCCUGCUUCUGCCGACAGACGCUCGCGCUGGCUCCGGGCAGUCCUCAAGGUGAAGUCACCAGGGUUCCUCCACGGCGCCCCUCGUUUACUCCUGGGUCUUUGGUAGGGGACACAUCAAUGUCCGGGCCCCCUCCUACCAAUCGUCUUGCUUCAGAAAACCGAAGCUUUUUCCACUGUGCCCCUCAAAAUCCUUCCAGCCUCUGCCACUGCCGCACCCCAAGGCCGCUUCUAAAUUUUAUGUGUUUGCUGCAGUAGCACCCCACCCCGGGACCGAAAUCUGCAUUUAUUUCCUGUCCCCGCUGUGGCUGCUUACCACAAACCUGGGGGCUUACGUCGCAGCUCUGGGAGACAGAAGUCCAAGAUGGUCCCUCCUGGGCGACAAUCCCAUGUCAGCACAGCUGCUCCUCCCUGAGGCUCAGUGGGGACAAAACGUUUUCUUCCUCUUCCAGCUUCUCGAGGUGCUGCGCUCUGACCCAGGGCCCUUUCUCUCCCCUUCAUCGAGCCUCUCCCUCCACCGAUAUGGAGUCCUGUGUGCUUUCUCGCUUUCCGGGAAGAGCUGACGACGGGGUGUGGGCGGGUAAGCGAACGGCUUGUCGGGGCAGAGCGGGGACUCCACUCCGGGUGCGCCCACCGAAAGCUGAGUCCUCGGCACGGAGCCCAGCUGCCCCGAGAGCGCCGCGUGCAGCCACUUGCCGUGCGGGCCAAGGAACCAAUGCAGAGGCGAGAAGGCUUCCCCGAGGCUUAAGCGGGCCGGGAUGUUCUGACUCUUGCAGCAAAGAGCCAGCCAGCUGGAGGAGAGCACAGGGCACUGCCCUCGCCCUCGGGAGGUGUGCAGACUGCUCCUCAUCCUGGCUGCCUGUCCCUUCCUGGGUAGACUUUCUGAGGCCCUGUGCCAGUGCUGUGCCCACGGAUCCCACAGCUCUUUCCCGAGUCAGAGCUACACGGACCACGUGUGUCCUGGACAGCUUUCUGCAGAUGCAGGUGUCACACACGUACGCUCACACGCAGAGACCACGACUCCCACCGUGUACGGGGUGUUGGGGGAAGGAACAGGACAGCCGUCGACAGCCAGAGAAGGCAGUCCCCAGGCCAGAUGUCAGGGCACGGCGCCCUCUUCUCUCUACUCUGCCCACACAGUACCUCGACCGACUCCAGGGUUCAGGUACCCCUUCCCCUUCUGCUCCCCAAGCCUGGCCUUGCCCCUGCAUUCAUCCCACUCCGGAGCUCUCCCCUAAGCUCACCCCUCGGACCACACUGCCGGGCCAGCGCCAGCCCUUGCAGCAGCCCCGGGGCCGGGCGGGCCGGCAAGCCCCCCCCCCCCCACUCCAGAGCAGACUCUGGGGUCCCUGCCACCUGCACAGGAAGGCACAGCACGAGAGAUCAUGCCCCCCCCCCCCCGGACACUCAGGAGACAAGGCAUGACCCCCACACCCCCAGCUUCCCGAGGUCCUGCAGGCCCAGGCUGUGGACACGGGUCAGCAGGGGAGCCUGUGGUUGGCCCUGGCAGGAAGAGCCCAGCCUGGGGUGGGCAGAGACCACACGAGGGGGCGGGAGGCAGGCCACCUUCAGUCUGGCACCAGCCCUGGCACUCUCAGCAAGGGUCAUCGAGACGCCGAGGAUACACACAGGCGCUGACCUGAGAGAAUUCUUUUUAUUACGACCGACCGAACAGGUGAGCGGAG